GCCAGCGGGGAGGGUUUAAAUGGCACCCAGCAGUUGGCGUGAGGGGCUGCAGGAGCUUGGGGGCCAGUGGCAGGAACAAGUCUCUUCCGACCCCAUGGAGCUAUAUGAGACAUCCCCCUACUUCUAUCAGGAACCCCACUUCUAUGAUGGGGAGAACUACCUGCCCGUCCACCUCCAGGCCUUCGAGCCGCCAGGCUAUGAGCGGACUGAGCUCAGCCUGAGCCCUGAGGCCCGAGGGCCCCUCGAAGACAAGGGGCUGGGGACCCCCGAGCACUGCCUGGGCCAGUGCCUGCCGUGGGCCUGCAAGGUGUGUAAGAGGAAGUCGGUGUCCGUGGACCGGCGGCGUGCGGCCACACUGAGGGAGAAGCGCAGGCUCAAGAAGGUGAAUGAGGCCUUUGAGGCUCUGAAGAGGAGCACCCUGCUCAACCCCAACCAGCGGCUGCCCAAGGUGGAGAUCCUACGCAGCGCCAUCCAGUACAUCGAGCGCCUACAGGCCCUGCUCAGCUCCCUCAACCAGGAAGAGCGUGACCUCCGGUACCGGGGCGGGGGCGGGCCCCAGCCAGGGGUGCCCAGUGAAUGCAGCUCCCACAGCGCCUCCUGCAGUCCAGAGUGGGGCAGCACAUUGGAGUUUGGUCCCAACACAGGGGAUCACCUGCUCACGGCCGACCCCACGGACGCCCACAACCUGCACUCUCUCACCUCCAUUGUGGACAGCAUCACAGUGGAAGACGUCUCUGUGGCCUUCCCAGAUGAAACCAUGCCCAACUGAGAUUGUCUGCCAGGCCGGGCGUCCAUGAGAGCCCCCACGCUGGCCACAGAUGUCACCGCCCCCGCAGCAGGGGCUUCCUCAGCCAGGCUGUCCUGAUGCCAGAGGGCCAGUGCUGGGCCA